AUGUCGUGUUUGAGCGUCGCAUGCAGCGCUGUUGUUGUCCUGUUCGGAGCCGUUUGCAGCGUUUUUAUAUUCUGUGAGUAUCUGAUUUAUUACGCCGCGAUAUUACAGUGCGGUUGGCCGGAGAUCGACCACGGUGCCCCGUCGAGUGAGAGGAGCGCAGACGGCCAACCAGAGCCGGAGGUUCUCCGCGCUAUGGUACUGUCAGACACGCACCUCCUCGGCGCUGUCGGAGGGCACUGGUUCGACAAACUGCGAAGGGAAUGGCAGAUGGAACGAGCUUUCCAGACCGCCCUGGCCCUGCUCCGACCUGAGGUAGUCUUUAUACUGGGGGAUGUGUUCGAUGAGGGGAAGUGGAGCUCUCCGAAGAACUGGGAGGAUGAUGUCUGUCGUUUCCAGAAGAUGUUCAGACACUCCAGAGACACAGAGCUGGUAGUUCUGGUUGGAAACCACGACAUCGGCUUCCACUACGAAAUGGACUGGUUCAAGUUACAGCGCUUUGAGAGGGCCUUCAACACCACCUCCACCAGAAUGGUCACCAAGAAAGGAGUGAACUUCCUAUUGGUUAACAGCGUGGCGUUGCAUGGUGACGGUUGUCCUAUCUGCCAAUCAGUGGAGAAACAGCUGUACACACUGUCCAGGAACCUCAACUGUUCAUUACUACAGCAUUACCCUCUUUACCGCGUGAGUGACGCGGGCUGUACGGGUCGGGACGCUGCUCCUCCUGAAGAGCGCCACCUGCUGUUCAGAGAGAAGUAUGACGUGCUGUCUCAGGAGGCCUCUCACAGGCUGCUGCAGUGGUUUAAGCCCCGCCUGGUUCUCAGUGGCCACACCCACAGUGGUUGUCAGGUUCUCCAUGACAACCAGUACCCGGAGAUCAGUGUUCCGUCCUUCAACUGGAGGAACCGCAACAACCCCAGUUUCAUCCUGGGUUCGUUCUCCUCCAGUGGUUACGGCCUGUCUAAGUGUUUCCUUCCAGAGGAGAGUACAGUGAUAGCCCUGUACUGCUCUACAGGAGCCAGCCUCCUCUUCCUCCUCCCUCUGGUCCACUGCCUGUGGAUGCGAGGCCUUCUCCGGUGCCUCAUCCUCUGUCCAAUCAGCAAACACAAGUUUCUCUGACGGUCUCAGGUAGAGGUUGUCCCUGACUGCUGAAUGAUACAGGGUCAGAUAUGGGCUACAUCCCCAUCUCAAAUGGCACCCUAUUCCCUAUUUAGUGCACUACUUUUAACCAGGUUAGCCCAUAGGUGCUCUGGUAAGAAGUAGUGCACUAUGUAGGGAAUAGGGUGCCACUUAGGACGUAGCUACGCUGUCCUCCCCCUAAAGCAGGGGUGGCUGGUGCUCCUGCCCUGGGAGGCUGCCGUGGGUGUGUAGGGUUUUGCUCCACCACAGCACUGACUGACGUGUUCAUGUGAAAACAAUGUCAGCACACAGAAUCACGUCUUGCUGGUCUGCUGACAGGUUUGUUAGAGUAGGGCUGAAACAAAAGCCUGCACACCACCCGGUAGCCUUCCAAAAGGAACAUUGGGCAUCCUAUUGGGAGGUAAUGUAAUCUGACUCUAGAUCUGUAGUUAAGGACAGCUUUUACCUGGAGAGAACCUGUGUGACACCCGCCCACCCCCCACAGAAACUUGGACGAUUUUUUUUCUUUCAAGCUGUGAAAUUCCACAUUCCAAAAAGAACAGGGGUCAGGACAGUGGGUCAGGACAGAGAACAGAGGUCAGGAUAGAGAACAGGGGUCAGGAUGAUGGGUCAGGAUAGAGAACAGGGGUCAGGAUAGAGAACAGGGGUCAGGAUAGAGAACAGGGGUCAGGACAGAGAACAGGGGUCAGGAUGGAGAACAGGGGUCAGGAUAGAGAACAGGGGUCAGGACAGAGAACAGGGGUCAGGAUGAUGGGUCAGGAUAGAGAACAGGGGUCAGGAUGGAGAACAGAGGUCAGGAUAGAGAACAGGGGUCAGGACAGAGAACAGGGGUCAGGAUGAUGGGUCAGGAUAGAGAACAGGGGUCAGGAUAGAGAACAGGGGUCAGGAUAGAGAACAGGGGUCAGGAUGGAGAACAGGGGUCAGGACGGAGAACAGGGGUCAGGAUAGAGAACAGGGGUCAGGAUGGUGGAUCAGGACAGAGAACAGGGGUCAGGAUGAUGGGUCAGGAUAGAGAACAGGGGUCAGGAUAGAGAACAGGGGUCAGGAUGGAGAACAGGGGUCAGGAUGGAGAACAGGGGUCAGGAUAGAGAACAGGGGUCAGGACGGAGAACAGGGGUCAGAAGAGAGAACAGGGGUCAGGAUGGAGAACAGGGGUCAGGACGGAGAACAGGGGUCAGAAGAGAGAACAGGGGUCAGGAUAGAGAACAGGGGUCAGGAUAGAGAACAGGGGUCAGGAUGGUGGAUCAGGAUAGAGAACAGGGGUCAGGAUGGAGAACAGGGGUCAGGAUAGAGAACAGAGGUCAGGAUGGAGAACAGGGGUCAGGAUAGAGAACAGAGGUCAGGAUGGAGAACAGGGGUCAGGAUAGAGAACAGGGGUCAGGAUGGAGAACAGGGGUCAGGAUGGAGAACAGGGGUCAGGAUAGAGAACAGAGGUCAGGAUGGAGAACAGGGGUCAGGAUAGAGAACAGGGGUCAGGAUGGAGAACAGGGGUCAGGAUGGAGAACAGGGGUCAGGACAGAGAACAGGGGUCAGGACGGAGAACAGGGGUCAGGAUGGAGAACAGGGGUCAGGAUGGAGAACAGGGGUCAGGAUAGAGAACAGGGGUCAGGACGGAGAACAGGGGUCAGGACAGAGAACAGGGGUCAGGACGGAGAACAGGGGUCAGGAUAGAGAACAGGGGUCAGGAUGGUGGGUCAGGACAGAGAGCAGAGGUCAGGAUGGUGGGUCAGGACAGAGAACAGGGGUCAGGAUAGAGAACAGGGGUCAGGAUAGAGAACAGGGGUCAGGAUGGUGGAUCAGGACAGAGAACAGGGGUCAGGACAGAGAACAGGGGUCAGGACGGAGAACAGGGGUCAGGAUAGAGAACAGGGGUCAGGACAGAGAACAGGGGUCAGGAUAGAGAACAGGGGUCAGGAUAGAGAACAGGGGUCAGGAUGGAGAACAGGGGUCAGGAUAGAGAACAGGGGUCAGGAUAGAGAGCAGAGGUCAGGAUAGUGGAUCAGGAUAGAGAACAGACAACCUGAUCCACUAUCCUGAUCACUGUUCUCUAUCCUGAUCCACCAUCCUGACAACGCCAGAGGCCUGAGCCAGUGUAUUCAUACCCUCACCUUGUACAGAGACUGGUCAUUGUCCUUGUUCUGGUGGUGGAAAUGGACCAUUCAACUACGACGAAGGACAACUUCACUGUCAGUCAUCUAGAUGUUUCUCUCUUCGCACCAGGAAGUACGGUGACCCCUGAAAGGUUCACUGUCUCCCAUCUCCCUCUGGAUCCAUAAAGCAACGCAGAGUGCUGAUCUAGGAUCAGGCUAUUCCUGUCCAUGUAAUCUUUGGGGG